UUUAUACUUUGGUAGUCUGUGGUCUGUUGGCAACUGGACAGCAGCCAUAAAAGCACCAUCCUUAUUUAAACAUUAACUUGCAGUACGAAAGUCAAGUUGACUGACUGUAUAGCUGGAUGUUGUUGUUUAAGACCCAACCUUUAUCUGUAGCGCACUGCACUCUGAGUACAUUCACUUACCAACAUGAGCAACUUUGGGCAGAUCCUGAAGGAGAUCGGGGAGUUUGGUUUUUUUCAGAAACGUUUGGUGGGUGCAUUAUGCAUCCCCAGCAUUUUUCUGGCUUUUGAUGUAAUUGGCCAAGUAUUUACAGGGAUGAGCUUCCCACAUCACUGUAACACCGACUGGAUCUUGGACCGUGGGCCCAACCUGACUGAUGAGAAACAAAGAAAUCUCACCAUCCCAGUCAACAAGGAUGGAAAGUAUGAAAGCUGUAAGAUGUUCACACCUGUGGAUUUGGAUUUGGAAACCAUUGAAGCUUAUGGGAUUAAUACUACAACAGGAUGCUUAAAUGGAUCAGAUUUUGAGACACCGAAAGGUGCCUCCAGCAUUGUGACAGAGUUCAGCCUGGUGUGCGACAGAAGCAGCUUGAUUGAAGCAUCGCAGUCCGUCUACAUGGCUGGUCUUCUGGUUGGAGCGCUGGUGUUGGGGCAGAUGGCUGAUAGGUUUGGUCGACGUUUUGUGGUCCUGCUCUCACUACUACUCCUGUUUUUGUUUGGUGUUGGUUCCGCUUUCUCACCCAACAUCUAUGUUUAUAUAGCUGUCAAAUUUUUAAGUGGCAUCUCCAUUUCAGGCAUUGUUGCUAAUGCGUUUGUCAUAGGUGGUGAGUGGAGUGAUUCCUCCAAGUUUGCUCUCUGCACUAUUCUCUGCCACUCUUUCUUCCCUCUUGGACUGAUGAUGCUGUCUGGCAUUGCCUAUUUGAUCCGCAACUGGAGGAUCCUGCAGCUGGUGCUCUUCAGCCCCCUUGUCCUUGUCUUGGGUAUCUUUUACUGGAUUCUUCCAGAGUCAGCACGCUGGCUCAUCACUCAGGGCAGGAAGGAGGGAGCCAUAAAGGAGAUCCAGAGGGCAGCCAAGGUGAACGGGAGGAAGGUCCCUGAAGAGCUGUUAGACAAGCUGGAGGCUGAGAGUACAUCCAAACGAGGAAACAUGUUGCACAUCUUCAGGAUAUCAUAUCUGAGAAAGCGUGCUCUCAUAAUGAGCUGCAUCUGGUUUGGAACAAGUCUGAUGUACUACGGACUGAGCCUGAAUGUUGGCAGUUUCGGUCUGGAUAUCUACCUCACACAGUUCAUCUUUGGUAUGGUAGAAGUUCCUGCACGCCUGGGCAGUUUGCCUUUCAUCCAGCGCUUUGGGAGGAAAAUAUGUCAAGCAGGUGUCCUGUUGUUUGGAGGUUGCGCCUGUCUUGCCAUACUGGCAGUUCCAAAAGACCUUCCUGUCGUGAUAACAGUCAUAGCUGUAGUGGGAAAAUUUGCUGCCACUGCCAGUUUCUCCAUAGUUUAUGUUUACACUGCAGAGCUAUACCCCACUGCUAUAAGACAAAGCGGCGUCGGUCUAAACUCCAUGUGCGCUCGUGUGGCGGGCAUCCUGGCUCCACUGAUCAGGCUCAUGGUCGUCUACCAUCACACCAUCCCCAUGCUGAUAUAUGGGAUCAUCCCCAUUGCUGCUGGAAGUGUCUGUUUUCUGCUGCCCGAAACCCGCAAUGUUGAACUGCAGGACCACGCUGAACUCAUAAAAUACAGUUCGCAGCGGGGAUAUCUCGAUGGUUGUAUAUGGUCUCAUGUUUUGGUAUUGAACUUUGCCCCCCUUUCUUAUCUCUUUUAUUCUGCUUUAAACUCUUGUGCCAGCAAAGUGUGUGCAAAGUUUUGUAGAUUGCAAAGUUGUGAUAUGCUCAGUAUCUGUAUCAUCAUCCCUUCUACCUGUCUAAUAUUUAACAGUUGCUGGAACAGGAACAAGAAGUGUUGUUGCCUGCAAAGUGCCAUCACACUGCACUUGGAAGAAGAAGAACUUGAAGAAGCGCUGCAUAUUCAACCACAUAUCAAUAUGAGCGACUUUGGGCAGAUCCUAAAAGAGAUUGGAGAAUUUGGCUUGUUUCAGAAACAGUUAUUGAUUGCAUUAUGCAUGUCCAGCUGGUUUUCUGCCUUUGAAGUUAUUGGUCAGGUGUUUACAGCCCUGAGCUUCCCACAUCACUGUAACACCGACUGGAUUUUGGAGCGUGGGUUCAACCUGACGGAGGAGAGACAAAGAAAUCUCACCCUCCCUGUGAACAAGGAUGGAAAUUUUGAAAGCUGUAAGAUGUUCACACCUGUGGAUUUGGAUUUGGAAACCAUUGAAGCAUAUGGGAUUAACAGUACAAUUGGAUGUGUAGAUGGAUGGGACUAUGAGGCACCCACAGGUACUUCCAGCAUUGUGACAGAGUUUGAUCUGGUUUGUGACAAGAGUGGUCUGAUUGAGGUGUCGCAGUCCGUCUUCAUGGCAGGUUUUCUGGUUGGAGUACUGUCUUUCGGAGCAGUUUCUGACAGGUUUGGGCGACGCGUUACGAUCCUCCUCUUGCUCCUCUUGCAGUUCUGUUGUGUGGCUUCUGCUUUCUCGCCUAACAUCUAUGUUUACAUAGUUGGCAAAUUUUUCGCUGGGGCCUUCAGUGUUGUUGUAAUGAUCACCUGUGUGAUGGGGGUAGAGUGGACUGAUUCCUCCAGGGCUGCUCUUUGCACAGCGUCCAUUUUGAUAUCCUUUUCGACUGGACUGAUGGUGUUGUCCGGUGUUGCAUAUUUAAUCCGUCACUGGAGGACCCUGCAGCUGGUUCUCAUCAGUCCUCUCCUCAUUGUCAUGGGACUCUAUUACUGGUUACUCCCAGAGUCAGCUCGCUGGCUUGUGGUCCAGGGCAGGAAGGAGGAGGCAAUAAAGGAGCUCCAGAGGGCAGCAAGGGUGAAUGGGAGGACGAUCCCAGAGAAUCUGCUAGAUAAGCUAAAGGUGGAGGAUACCUCUGAAAGAAGGAACAUGUUGGAUAUCUUCCGAAUAUCGUAUUUGAGAAAACGUACCCUCAUAAUGUCCCUUAACUGGUUUUCAUCAAGUCUUCUGUAUUAUGGACUGAGUCUGAAUGUAGGCAGUUUUGGCCUGAGUAUCUACCUCACGCAGUUCGUUUUUGGUAUUGUUGAAAUUCCCGCAAACCUGAGCAGUUGGGCUCUGAUUCAGUACUUUGGAAGGAGGAUCUCUCAAGCAGGCUUCCUGUUCUUUGGAGGCGCUGCUUGCCUUGUGAUCCUUGCUGUCCCAAAAGAUCUCCCAGUGGUGGUGACAACCCUAGCUGUGGUGGGCAAAUUUGCUGCUACUGCCUCUUUCAGCACAGCCUACAUUUACACUGCAGAACUAUACCCAACCGUUUUAAGGCAGAAUGGUGUAGGUGUGAACUCUAUGUGUGCUCGUGUGGCGGGCAUCCUGGCUCCACUGAUCAGGCUCCUGGAGGUCUACCAUUACACCAUCCCUAUGCUGAUAUAUGGCAUUGUCCCUGUUGCUGCUGCGGGAUUGUGUUUGUUACUGCCUGAAACCCUCAAUGUUGAGCUUCAAGACCACACUGAGCUGAAAAAACCAGUUAAACGACACAUGGGAAACAGAGGCAGUGCUGCACAAAUUACUGAAGAGCACAAAUUGUAACUUUGCCAUGGAAUCAUAACUGGAAGUUCACAGUUUCUCAUUUUCUUUAUUAUCUGACAACAAGUCUUUGAAAUUUUAACCGCAAUUCAAGAUCUGGGUCUGUAUAAUUAUGGAGGGAUUUUAGUUUGUUUCAUUUUAAAGGUCACAAUUUGCUUUAAUUUUAGAGCAUUUUAUGGCUGCAAGUUUAUUAGAAAUUGAUUUAUUCACACAAAUGGCUCCAUCUUUUGAGUCAGACCCAAAUCCAAUGUACAAUAUAUUUAGGUACGUAUAUAUCAGAGACAGUGGCUUAGGAAAAAGCAGAGUUUAUGUGGUCCUUGGCCAGGACUGGCAUGCCUGACUUCAACUUUAUUUACUGUAUGUUUGAAGAUGUAUGUGUGGAGAUGUUAGUUGGCUGCAUGUAUAUGCAGCUGAAUGUGUGAUUUAUACUCUGUAUUUAAUUUCUUUUGUUUUCAUUGAAUGAAUGGUGCUUUGUAAAAAAGUGUUAUAUAAAUAAAGCUGAACUAAGCAGA